AUGGCGGCGGCGGCGGCGGGGGGCGGGGCCCGGGAGGAGGAGGAGGAGCGGGAGGUGGUGCGGGUCCGGGUCAAGAAGCGCGAGGGGUUCCUGCAGCCCGAGUUCCGCACCUUUGCCGUCGACCCCCAGAUCACCUCGCUGGAUGUCCUACAGCACAUCCUCAUCCGCGCCUUUGACCUCAACGGGAAGAAAAACUUUGGGAUCAGCUACCUGGGCCAGGAGAAGCAGGGCCAGGAGACGUACCUGUCGCUGCUGUCGGACUGGGACCUGGCCACGGCCUUCGCCAGCGCCUCCAAGCCUUACCUGCAGCUCCUCGUAGACAUCAAGCCUUCGGAAGACAGCCCCCUGCUGGAGGACUGGGACAUCAUCAGCCCCAAAGAUGUCAUCAGCACUGAUCUGCUCCUGGUGGAGAAGAGGUCCCUGGCGGCGGCCGCCCUGCCUUUUACCCAGUCCAUCAUCUCCCAGGUGGGCCGGACGCUGUCGAAGGUCCAGCAGGCUCUGAGCUGGUCCUACGGGGAGGACGUGAAGCCGUUCAAACCGCCGCUGAGCGACUCCGAGUUCCACACCUACCUGAACCACGAGGGGCAGCUGAACCGGCCCGAGGAGCUGCGGCUGCGCAUCUACCACGGCGGCGUGGAGCCCUCGCUGCGGAAAGUGGUGUGGCGCUACCUGCUGAACGUCUACCCAGACGGGCUGACGGGCCAGGAGCGCAUGAACUACAUGAAGCGCAAGACGCGGGAGUACGACCAGCUAAAGGGCCAGUGGGCGGAGCGGGCCAGCCCUGAAGACCUGGACUUCAUCCGCAGCAACGUCCUCAAGGAUGUUCUCCGCACGGACCGCACCCACCCCUACUACGCCGGCUCGGAGGACAAUCCGCACCUGACCGCCCUUCACGACCUGCUGACCACCUACGCCGUCACCCACCCGCAGAUCUCCUACUGCCAGGGCAUGAGCGACAUCGCCUCGCCCAUCCUGGCCGUCAUGGACAACGAGGCCCACGCCUUCAUCUGCUUCUGCGGCAUCAUGAAGCGCCUGGAAGGCAACUUCCAGGUGGACGGCGAGGUGAUGUCCCUCAAGUUCUCCCACCUCAAGCUCCUCCUCCAGUACUCGGAUCCUGAGUUCUACGCCUACCUCCUCUCCCGGGGCGCCGACGACUUCUUCUUCUGCUACCGCUGGCUGCUGCUGGAGCUGAAACGGGAGUUUGCCUUUGAGGAUGCCUUGCGGAUGCUGGAGAUAACCUGGAGCUCCUUGCCACCGGAUCCUCCGGAGAAGGAGGUGGAGCUAGUGGGGCCGCCGGCCAGGCUUAGUGAGAGUGGCCAGCCUGUCCGCCAACGCCACAUGUUGCGGCCCACCUGUAGCUUCGAUGCGACUGGGGACCGUCCUUGCUUGGAGGAGUCCGGAGCCCGGCCCUCCUUGGAGGAGCCCGGAGCCCGGCCUUGCCUGGAGCAGAAGACCUUAUUGAAGCAAUCCAGCUUUGGGGAAUUCAAGUACUAUAGCGCUCGUGAGGACAGCUCCGAGGAAGAGCCUUCACUGAGAUCCCAGCGCUCCAUGGAGGAAGAGGAGGACUUCUGCAGCGAGCAGGACCCCUUGCUCCAGCUCCCGGCCAUGACCAAGUCUUUCUCCGCCCCAUCCCUCCGUCCCCUGACCCCGCCCACGCCUUCCGGAGACUCCCCCUCCUCACCCUCACCCCUCUCUGGCAGCGAGAAGAACGAGAGCCUGCCGGAGGAGAAGGGAGAUUUGGCAGGUGACACGCCAUCCUCCCCACCCAGCAGCCCCCUCCCCGCCGCCCCGUCCCCAGCCACGGUGAGCUUGCCUCCGCCGCAGGAGUUCGGCAAAGGCAACCCCUUCAUGCUCUUCCUCUGCCUGGCCAUCCUGCUGGAGCACCGGGACCACAUCAUGAAGAACAACAUGGACUACAACGAGCUGGCCAUGCACUUCGACCGCCUGGUGCGCCGGCACAAUCUGGCCAAGGUGCUGCACCGGGCCAAAGCCCUCUUCGCCGACUACCUGCAGUCCGAGGUCUGGGACUCCGAGGAGGGGGACGAGGCGGCCGCAGAGUCCCCAGCCGUCUCGUGACCCCCCCCCUCCCCUGGGGAUCUGAUCCCCCCCAACUCUCCUGCCACUCCCCCUUCCGGCAACCUCCUUGAGACUCAUCACAGGUCAAUCCUCUCUAUUUCCCCCUGGAUCUAAUGAUCUCCUUGGAAGAGCCUUCAUGGACCAAUCGGGAUCUUCUCCCUGUGGGAUUCCCUCUAUCCAUCCCCCUGCAGAUCUAAUGAUCUCCCUGGAAUAUUCUUCAUGAACCAACUGGGAUCUGCCCUUUCCACUGGCAUCCUCUCUAAUUUCAAUUAUCUCCUUGGACGAUCCGUCAGAGACCAACUAGAAUAUCUCCCUCCCUGUUAAAUCCCCUUCUGACCCCCCCUCCCCCUUGGAUUUAAUCUUCUCCUUGGAAGAUCCUUCAUGGACCUACCAGGAUCUGGCCUUCCCAGUGGGAUCCCCGCCAGCCAUCCCCUUCUGACUCCAGUGAUCCUUUUGGAAGAUCCAGACCCUCGGAAGAUCCUUCAGAGACCCAACCAGGAUCGGCCACUCGGACUCCGGUGCCUUUUUCUUUUAUGUGCAUUAGCGGAUCCGGUUUUUGGUUUCCUUCCCCGCUGCGGCCGCAGCCUCUGACGGCAUCACUGCCAAAGCUGGGGAGCACGCCCAACACCCCUCCCCAGAUCUUCAGACUCUUGACCGCUGGGAUGUAGGUGCUCUUUUCUGUUCCGUUUUGGAUCCGCUUUUCACUGACCCAGAACUUGGCUGGUUGCCUUUUAAACCAGGUUGCCCAGUCGUGGUAUAGUUCCUCCUCCAAUGAAGAGAUCAAGUGGAAUUUAUUCCGCGCUUUGGAGGAAGACCAGACAUCAGCUGCAUGAUGCAAAGGGACGGGAAUCCGGGAUACUAGGGGAUCAAACAACAUAUGAUCUCUGCUGGCUUGCCACUUUCAUUCGUUAGCCGUUUCCCUGGGCAAACAGACCCCAGUGGCUCCCUGGAUUUGCUUGGCUGUAAAACUAACCAGAGAUCUUCGAUCAGCGGAGCCUUUCUGUUCCUAGUUUUAACGAGAGAUCAGCUGUUGACAGGAUGGAGGCAAGACCUGCCCGCCUGUGGAUUGACUUCUGGGGCAGGAUCCGUAUCGGUGGGGAGAGGGGCGGGGCAGAGGGAUCGUAAACAAAACCAUUUCCGUUGAUCGCGCCUCAUCGCGCUGCAUUAGCGUCCCUGCGGCGGGUUGGCCAUGGCGUGCGAUCUGCUGAUGGCCUGUCCAGAAGCAGGUCCUGAUCUCGGCUGAGCCAGCAUCAGUCUGGAGCUUCUCUGGAUGCUGCCGAGAUCGGCGCCUCGCUCGUUUCUAUGACACGGGAUCGGAAGCGGUGCCUGGCCUGCGUCAGCCGCGCCGAUCUGGGAAUUUCUGCAGACGAAGACGUCUUCCGAACAUCCUCUUUCCCCUUCGCGUCCGCCCGGAGGAGAGCAGGGCUUCAUCGCUGGGAUCUAGCCCCUGAUGCCUUUUUGUUUCCGUGGCAUCCUUCUGCGUUGGCCUUAUCUUAGCUCAGAGACCCACCUCCUACAUCAGCAUCUGUGUUGGAUUGUCUGGCUCAAGACCGCUACGGAUAUUUCCCCCCUCCAGAUAUCUGCCCAUCCUAUCGUCCCAGAUCCGGGCUCUUUGUACGAAGUCUGAUAUGAAUUGCUUAUUGCAGCCACGUGGGGUUUAGCGUCUCUAAGGCAGACGAAGCAGAGAGCUGGCUGUGUUGUAGCAGAGAAGGGGAUUUACUCUAGGUCCUAUUGGAAAAACAAACAACAAGUCCCUGUAGGGACGCAGUCUGGCCACUAGAGGUCACCGUUGGGCUUUGCAGAUCUGAGUUCUCUACCUCAGGAAGGUUCUGGGUUGUGAGAUCCCCCCAGGAUCUAGGUAGGGAUGGGGAGAGAAACCGGACGUCCCCACGGUGUCAGUUCGGGGGGGAUCUUUCUGGUGAUCUGUGGGAUCGCCAGAGUUGGUACGUAGCCCUGUUACCGGAGGGACCGGCAGGCAGAGCCCAGAUUGGCAGGCGUCUCUUGGGGGUUGUAUCUGGCGUGUGGGAGGUCCCGAUCUUGGGUGUGGACGGAGAUUGGCCUGCCCAGAGCCUGCACUGGUGGGGCCCCGUCCCCCACCCAGAGCUCCUCCACGCCAACUUGCCAUGGCGGGGGAGAGAAAUUGAUUAGGACUUGGUGUUGUAAUUGACCCUCUGUGGCAGCAGUUGAUGCUUAUCUGGGCUGCUGGACUCGGCUGAUGCACCGGGGCUGUGGGCCAUGGGGCACAGACAGAGGGGACUGGCCCCUCCCACCAGAUUAACUUCCACCUCAGUUACAACCCACAGCUAGUCAACUGUAGCAGUCCUGCCCUAGUCAGUUUCACACCCCUUGGCUGGCCCAGCUGUAACUGACUAGCCGCAGGAGCAGGCUUGCGACCCUGGGCUCACCGGCGUCCCAUUAGGUCCAACUGGCCCCGAGCCCGAUCGAGACUUCCGUGGCCCCUGCUAAAGGCCAUUCGGUUCUGGGUCGCUUGUCUCCUUGAGAGCAAGGUGGGCUGGCUUGAAUCCCAGGCGCUUUCCAUUUGUCAAAUUUGACCCGCGUCGGUAUCUUCUCGCCUUUGGCUUCCUCCGAAAAGCAACGGCUUUAAAACCCCACAUUCUUCCGUGCUCCGCGGCCCCUUCCCUCGUCCCGGCAGGGAGUCGGGCGCCAGCUGGGCUCUAACCUGGAUCGCGCAUGGGCCAAAUCUUAAAAUCGGGUUCCAGAUCUUCCCAGCGGGAGCUAGGGCAGGGGUGGGCAGUUAUAGGGCUGCUAGGCAGCAGUGAGGCUCUGUGGGAACAGGGUGCCCAGGGGGUCACCCCUUAGAUCCAGGGGCGUUUGCCUCCCCGUCUGUUGUUGGCUCCAGCGUCUUGCCAAUGCCGGGAAGGCGCCUGAGUCCGGCGUCCAGCAGAAUGGACGCAGCGCACGCUCCCCCUACAGCCCAUUGCGGGGGAGUGCGAUGGGCUGACCCCAGCGGGUGGCGUGCUCCUUGAUAGCCCAUGGGGGGUGGUAGCGAUCACUCUCCUCCGCCCUUCCCGUGCCCCCCCGGGCGGCCCCACAAUAGCUUAGCUCUGAACAAACACACACCAAGCCCUGCCCUGUUACUUUGGGGCUAGAUCAGACCCGUCUUAGCGGGCUGUUUCCUCCAGAGCUCCCAGCGUGAGGAAACAAGGAAGCCGCCGGUGUGUCUCGGACAGCUCCGGUUAUUUGUGCCGCUUCCUCUGAACGGGCAGGGGGUUCUUGGAUCUCACCGCCGGAGGAGGGUCAAACUUGAAUCUCAUGGACACUCGCGUCCUUAAAACACCUCCAUCCUUAUUGCCAAGGUUCGGAUCUUCUGAUCGUGGCCAAGAAACGGGGAGUCUCUUUUCCAAAGCUGGCCAGAAACCAGGCCCUCGAACAAACCCUCGGCAUCUGUUCCCGGCAAAAGCGAGCAGGACAUGGCGGGAUCGCUCGUCGCCUUCCAUUUUGUCUUUCCCCACUCUCUCCUUGCUCUGGAUUUAAACGCCCCGGUAGGGGAUCCAAGGUUACUAUCUGACUUGCCCAUGGACCUGCUAGUGAUCCCACCCAAUCUGAAAGGUGCAGGGAGGAAAAAUGUUUUCCUCUGUGAGUUAGUAAGUGCUCAAAGACCAUAUCCCCAAGUGGGGAAGUCAACAGUGCGACGCUGAUUUCCACCAGCUGGGGAUCCGGGGCAGGGGCGACUCGAGCUUUUUUGCCGCCCCAAGCAUGGCGCGCCUGCGGAAGUUCCCCAGUCCCGCAGAUUUGGCGGCAUGCCUGCAGGAGGUCCGCCGGUCCCGCGGCUUCAGCAUACCCGCUGGCAGACCUCCCGCAGGCAUGCCGCCGAAGGCUGCCUGACUGCCGCCCUGGCAGGGACUGGCAGGGUGCCCCCCGCGGCUUGCCGCCCCAGGCACGUGCUUGGAGCGUUGGUGCCUGGAGCCGCUGCUGAUCUGGGGCCUGUUCUUGCGUCUAGUCCAUUGCAUUUUUGCAUCUAAUCAGUUUCAGCCUCAGACCGAAAUACAGUUAGACCGUGGGAGAAGUUCCACCCCGUCCCUCAGGGCUCAAAUCGCUCUAGGCUAGGCUCUCAGAUCCAGCAUUUAUUUGCCGCACAAGAGGCUAGUUUUGGGGUGGGGGGUUUGUGUAAACAGAGGGGAAUUGGGGUUGUGAAACUGCAAAGAAUUAUCAUGGGACUGACGCUGAGGUCCAGAAAAGAGGAAAGUGCUUUGGACUUGAUUGGAAGUGACCCGAUUCUGAUUUACCUCCAAUCAAAGGGGAUUAAUCUCAGCUACGCCCAGACGAGGUACUUGCUCUUGGAGGACGAUUUGUGCCAACGAAGUCAGGAGGGGCAGGUUGCUACCGUCUCAGGCCCAGGCCCUGGAAGGUAUUCAGGUGCUUAGCUCAAUACCAAAAUCCAAGCCAGCGUCUCUAGAGGUCUCCAAGUCUAAAUAAGAGCUAGAUUUUCCCCAGAGAUCAACCCCCGACGUGCUCAGCUCGCUGGAGAAAUUGCAGCUCUUUAAAGUUUCCCUUUGAUGCAUCAAAAGAAAAAGAGUCUUUCAAGCGCCGAUUUGCUCCAUGGAAGUUGGCUGCCUUUGAGUCUCCGCCAGCGGCCAAGGCUCCAGGGGCAGGCUUGGCACGCCGUUCCAUUCCGCUCAGAAUCGUCCUUGUCUGUUGCCUGGAUUGAAAUGACACAAAGGACUGGGGGGUGGGAAUUUUCGAAUCCGGCUCCAGCCGCGCUUUGCCUGAAAGCUGGUUCUUUUAGAGCCCCAGGGCGGCUUUUCAAUCUAGAUCAACUGGGCUCGGGUGAAAGCUACGAAGCUGUUUCUGGCACAGUCAGGCUGGGAGACUGCCAAGGCUCUGGGUUUCUUGGGAGCGGUGGGGGACUGAAAGACACCCUGACACCCGCUCCUGUCUCCCCCAAAUCCGUUGGGUUGUAACUGGUGAUGACUAUAUUCUCUGGCACCUGGGAUCGUUUUAUCCUGAGACAUAUUCCAAACCCAGGCUGAGAUCUGUUGGUUUGUGGGUCUCCAGGUGCCAACUUUCCCCCCAAGUCUUGUUCCUUCUCACACAUUGGAUUCACCUUUCCUAAGAGCCUGGUACUUCUCCUUUGGAAACUGAGCCAAAUUCAUCUUCGAGAGAAAUGGAGGUUGGGUUUGAAAACACCCUGUGUUUGGUAGGAAACACAGCUGCUAUAAAGUCUUUGCGCCACCAAAGUCAAUAGAGUUAGGACAGUUUGUGCUCUGAGGGUUGGCUCAGAGACGGCCAGAGCGGGGAUCGGGCCCAAUCUCCUUUUCUACUCCCCUCGCUUAGGUUGCUGACACUUGAGAUCGUUAAAGGUGAAGGCAUUUUGAAUUGAUCCAAUUUCCAGGAGGUGUAUUUCUCUUCGGGGCAACAGCUCGUGGGUAAUCUCACUCCUUUGCCUAGUCAGUGUCACCUGCUGAGCUGGCAAACUCCUGGGCAAAAAUCCCAAUUUUAAAAAUCAAUCCAAGGAACCGAUGAUUUUUUUCUUUCUUUAAAAGUCCCUGGGGAUCUCGAUAUUUAAAAUUGGAGACAGAUCCUAGCGCCCCGGGCGCUGGGAAAUCAGAUCGCUGGGUAUUUUGCAGUGGGCGCUAAAUUAGCAGUUGGAAAUCUCAGUUGUCAUUAACUACAGGAGAAUGGGAGCCAGGACUCCUGGGUUCGUUCCCCAGCUCUGGGAGGGGAGCAGAGGCUAGUGGUUAGAGCCAGGGAUUGGGGGGCUGGGUGCCCUGGGCUGCUACCCAAUUGCCCCGCUGUGCUGGGAUAGUGUUGUUAUUGUAGGGCCUAAUGUAUCUUUGGGAGGUAAUCAAAGUCUUUCCGCUUCCUGGCUUUGUGAUGGGGGCCCUGUCCAAACUCCCGCUCUGCUGCUGAAAUCAGUGGCCUGUUUGAUCUCUCGCUGACCGCGAGAGAAGGGACUUUGUAGAUGAGAAGCAGAAGCCAAUGGUGCUGAGUUGUGAAUAUUGUUUUUGGUAUUCAGCCUUUCCUUAUUUUGUGCUGCUCUAUUUAUUUUGCCAACCUUCGGCGCUGUUAAGUUUAUUUACCCGGCUGGGCUGUUUAAACAGGACAAAGGUUUUGAAACAAAGGUGAAACUCACACGGCUGGUGCAGAAAUCAACCAGCUGGAGUCUUCUCACAGGCUUUGCUUAUUUCAGGCCCGGAUCCGGGACCCCUUUGAAAAGGAAAAGCGGCCCUCGUACCAGACAUUGACCGAGCAACUUUUCCUGGCGAUGGACUCUCUAAAAAUUGCAGUGGAUUCUGGGAGGAAGGCUGGGGGGCAGCCAGUUAAUAACACUGCCUUGGGUGGAUCAAGGCGUCACUUUCAAGGUGGAUUGGGCGCUCCCCCCCCAGCCAACAGUGGCGAUUCUGGAUUCCUCUGGGGGAAAGACCCAGGAGUUGGAUUAAUGGCCCAGCACCUGGAUCUCUCCUCCUUCAGGCUGCCAGCGAUUUGAUCUGUUUCAGCUGCGUGGGCGGCAGAAGUCUCUAACCGACCAAAAGAGCCAAGGAACCAAAUCUACCUAAAGCCGUGGCGGAGAGCGGCCGGGGCGUGGGUGUCGUGACAAGGGGACCUAUCCCUGAUCACGCUGGGUGUAUGGCCUCUGGGUCAGCGCAGCUGUUCCAUCCCCUGUAUAUAUCCUCUGUACAGCUGGAGACCCCAGUAUGUUCCUAAACCCCCGCGCCCGAAGCCGGGCUUGGCGAAGGGGGUCCCGCUCGGGCCUUUGAGUGAAUGUGCUACAGGAAUGAAAGUGGAAAUAAAAGGAGGAAAAAGUG